CUUGUUGCCGCUGACAUCUAGCAACUAUGGCGCAAGUCCACCUAAAAAGUGACCAUACUUAGAUCCUAUAUUCGGUUAGCCUCUAUUCCCACCAGGCUCGGGGCUCGGGCGUCUCAGCAUGUCCCGUAUAUCGGAACCACCCGAGCAGCACGAAGCCUCCUCCAUUUCCUCGAAUUAUUAUCUUUUCUACAAUAAUUCUAUUCCAAUUGCAAGGGCGAAGAUAAUGGGCAGUGCUACUUAAUGUGGCAGGUUGCAACCGAAGGUGGAGUAUCGUCGCAUCCCGUAUUUCUAGUCCACAUUCAGCUUAGCUAACUCGAGUAAUACGAGAAAAUCGCGAAUAUGUUGUUUCCUAUUGGUUGUAUUGAGCGGUUUCAAAGAGACUAGAAUUGAUGUGAAACCAUAUACUCAUGUACGUGCCAUAUAAGAUGCGAUACUCCCUUAGUACUCAUGUGCGUAAGAGGUCAAGCCCUCCCACCAGAGCUACAAUGGUGCGCACUAGCGGCCCCGACACGAUGUUGCUAUUAACACUCGCUGCAGUCGCAAGCGGCCCAGUCGCAGCGUAUUCGUGGCCGGACCCUAAAAUCGACUUACUCGAGAGCAUCCUCUACCAACAGAACGGGUACCGACAAUAUGGGCUAGCUUUCGGCGUCUCACCAUGUACCAAUAUGGCCAACAUGCAAGAAACAGGUCGCGACGACUCGGCGGAAUGGUUUCGGACAGCAUAUCACGAUAUGGCAACAGCGGACGUGCAAACUGGCAUAGGCGGUAUUGAUGCAUCCAUCGGGUUCGAAACCGACCGGCCCGAGAAUAAGGGUAAGGCCUUUAACGAGACUUUGAGCUUCAUACUCGCCUUUCAAAGCGCGCGAUCCUCAAUGGCUGACGUUAUUGCGCUCGGUGGGCUAUUCUCCGUUGGGUCGUGUUCAAAUGGUGAGGUGAUUAUUCCUUUCCGAGGCGGGAGGAUAGAUGCCCUCGAGGCUGGACCGACAGGAGUACCCCAGCCGGAAGAGGAUCUUGAUACGCAUACAGCUGCCUUCGCUCGACAGGGCUUUAAUGUUUCGGAAAUGAUUGGAUUGGUGGCAUGUGGCCAUUCGAUCGGUGGGGUUCACGGAGAGAACUUCCCGGAGAUUGUUGACGUUGUGGAUGAUAUCAAUAACCAAGCAAGUCGUCAAGACUUUGACGAAACAUUCGACAACUUUGAUAACAGCGUUGCGAAACAGUUCGUAGCCAACACUACGCAGAAUCCCUUGGCGUUUGGACACAAUGAGACGACGAGAUCCGAUUUCCGCAUUUUCAAUGCCGACGGCGGAGAGUUGAUUCGAAAGAUGGCGGAAUCGCAGCAGUUCUUCUGGGAUACAUGUACGACACUGCUGGAGCGUAUGAUAAAUACGGUACCGAAGGGUGUCAAGCUUACGGAUGUCAUUGAGCCCAUCCCGGUCAGGCCUAAUAACUUGUUCAUCACAGUUAAUCCUAAUGGAACCCAGACGAUCUCAGGAGAAGUUCGGAUACUAGAAGACGGCGUCACAUCCGCUAACCGCCAGGUCCUCAUUCACCUAAAAUCUCGAGACGGCAAAAACAUUUCGUCUAACCCGGUCGUCGCAACAACGCAAAACGGGCUACAAGUAGUGGGCUACUACAAGAACUUGCCAAGCUUUACGUCCUACACGUUCACAACAACCGUACCGACCACCGUGGGGGUUUCGGCCUUUGACGUCCAGCUCAAAGAUGGCAACACUGAUAUAACCAAUACGAACGGCGGUGGCGGUUUUCCAUUCCAGGAUGCCCUCAUCACACAAGCGGAGAGCACGUGCGUAGGGCUCGAGUUCUUUAGUACUAAAUCUAACAACACAUUAAACAUUAGCGUCGCUGUUCGCGACGAUAUGGAAUUCGAUACCGUGCAGUUAUGGGUACCGAAGCCUGUGAACAUGAUCGGGACUUUUUCAACUCGGUUUGAGCCAACGAGUACUGAGCUAUCGAAGACUGAGUCGCUGAAUGGUACUGGUUACUCAAUUUACUCCGGAUCAUAUUGGUUCACGGUCGAUUCGGUUGGCCCGAUGAAGACGUUUGACUUAUUCGCUUCGGGGCCGAAUGGGGUUGUAUAUAAUAAUUUUACAAGAUGGGCCGACUUUAAUGUAUGCCAGUGAGUCAGUCUCGAAGACAUAUAUAAAUGCGAAAAGUAUAUAAUUCAGAAAACGAAGAAUAAUUUCACUAAAUAUGAUAGAGGAUGCUUGCUUGAAGAACUCAGUUUUUGGGCUAUGCUUCACGUCGAAGCAGCCGUCUCUCAUCAUAGUUCUUGUUAAGCGCCCUGUAUCAAUCCUUAUAAGCCCCCCCUGGCCAACGAAUAAUCCCCCAGUACCGCCUUAUAUGCCUAUUAAAACUCUGACAUUAUUAGAACCCUACUGACUUCCCCCCACAAGCAUGCGGAUUCGUAAGAUCGUCAAGCAGCAGCGCUACUUGUUCCGCACCUUCCAUAUGUAUAAUAUUCGGCGUGAUUCUUCAAAUUAACA